AUGUUGGACUCAGUACGGCCUUUCGAGCUCCAUUUUUUAAAAAAUGAAGUCCACUUUCCGUUUCUCAAAUCAUCGAUUUUAAACUGCUUGUACCUCUCUUCGCCGUCAUCGACCGUGGCCCGAAGGGAUCUCUUGCUCUCAGUGGUGAGGACAUCGACCAACGUGUCGAACUCCGCUGCCGCAAACUUCGAAACGGUAGCCUGGUCGGCGUCAGUUGCUGCAGAAAAAGCGUUUUCGCUUGCGAGAAGGAUGGCAGCAACAGCCACGACGAGGGUGUUGGUUGGCGCAUUGUCGCUUGGUGGUCGGGCUCUUGAUAACUGGAAGGAGAAACGCAGAAUGAGAUUCAAGGUCAUCGUGGUCUGGAGACCGUCACAGUGUGAUUCGUCAAGUGACGGUAAUACAUAUACUGUACAUGUCUAUUAA